AUGAACGCCCCUGUUCUCGCCAGCCGGGCUGACGUUGGGUCUCCCGAGUCGAGUUUGAUCUACGGCUAUCAAAAUGCUCCGCGUCAGUGGGAUAUCGUCACCCAGGCUGUAUGCCUGGCCAUCAGCACCUUCUGCGUCUGGAUGCGGAUUUACACCAAAUUUAUGUUCACCAGAACUCCGGGGUGGGAAGACUUCAUUACCCUCGAAGCCGACAAGUAUGGCAAUGGGAUACAUCAACAGAAAGUAGCUGCACCCGAUCUACCCAUGUUUUUCAAACUAGCAAAUGUGUCGCAAAUUGUAUAUGGCCCGCUCAUAUUCAUCACCAAAUUGUCCAUCCUGCUACUGUACCGCCGGGUAUUCGCGCCAUUAGUCAAGCGCAAGACCCUGGUUUUCAUCCAGCUUACCAUCUGGCUGAACUUCGCCUUCUACCUAGCACUGACUCUGGUGAAGAUCUUUGAAUGCACGCCGAGAUCGAAGAUCUGGCGUAAAGAUACACCGGGGCACUGCGUCAACGUCAAGCUACAGAUGAUAGCGACGUCAACCAUCAACAUGAUCUCGAAUUUGUCUAUCCUCCUUCUGCCUGUUUUCUACAUACGGCGACUGCAGUCGAGCCUUUUCCAGAAUAUGAUAAGCACGGCUGUCGCAUUUGCUGUAGGGAUUUUUGCAUGCGUUUGCAGUAUCAUACGUCUGGAAGUUAGUAUACGGAAUGAGACCACCAAUGACUGGACCCACGAUUGGUUUCCAGGGUUCCUGUGGACGUACGACCUUCUCUAUCUUCUCCUCUUUCUUCUUCUCGCUUCAAUAUCGGUUGGGCUAACCUAUCUGUGCAGGUCCGCGGAGGUCACAUCCGGGAUCAUCGCCAGCUGCCUACCCACCAUGUCUAUCCUCCUCCAAAGGCUCACCCGUGGAGCACAAGUCCCCGUCUCUGUCCCUAUUUGCGGCAACCGUAGUCCCAGCAGUGCCAUGGAGACAACCAUCCAUAACACCCCUCCGUUGGGGCCUUCCCCGCCGGUGAAGGUUGCUGAGGCAACCCCCCAAAGAAGCUGGGAAAUGGGAGACCUUGAGCGCGGUGGCAACUCGGACCAUCCGUGUAUCUUCCAGGGGAAUAGCUAUACCAUGAGUGAGGCCCGAGCCGAGGGGGCACCGGCGAAGAGAAGACGUGAAGGCAAUCAAGAGGGGAUUCUGAAGAUCGUCGAGGUAGAUGUGGAGUCGGGACCAGGUCGAUAA